GAACAAAUCCUGUUCUGUUGUGUGCGUGUGUGUGUGUCUGCGGCGUAACCCCCAUUCGUUACCGGAUGCUACGGCACACGGCAAAUCCAACGCCGGAACAAUGAUACAGACGAUACAGGAUGUCAAUGAUUGUGUACCGCUGUACCUGCCACACAGCUUGUACCUCAAGCCGUUGGCGAAAUUCAACAUUUCAGUCGCCCUGCCUGCCUCGAUCACUGGCAAAUCCAUCUCGAACUAUGACGUUAUGGAAAAGAUGCGCCAGAUGAUACUGCCGGACAAGUUCUCCCUGCUAAAGGUCUCGAAGAGCACUGUCGGUUUCAUACGGUUCGAGGGAGAGCUGGAGGACAAGGGCAAGCUGAAAGCGGUACUCUCCCGGCUUGAUGGCCGUCCGCUGCGGCUGACCGGGUUCGAGGAAACGGUCAAGGUGCGAGCAUCGGAGGCGAAGGACGAGUUCCCGACACGGCAUGAUUGGGAUUCGUUUUUCCGCGAUGCCCGCAAUAUGGACGAAAUGAAGGCGGGUGAACGGCCGGACACGAUCCACUUCAGCAAUUUGCCGAUCAAGUGGUUCUGUCCGCGGCACGCCGAAAACGACGAUGGUGCGAAACCGAGCGAGAGCAUCUUCAAGCGUAUCUUCGAAAAGUUUGGCGAGGUGCGAGCAGUCGACAUACCGAUCUGCGAUCCGUAUCGGCCCCAGAUGAAGGCGCACAUGUCCGGCAUGAAGAAGUUUAGCUUCGACCAGGAAAUGUACUUCGAAGGGUAUGUGCAGUUUUCCGAGUACGUCGGGUUCGUGAAGGCUAUGGAUGAGUUCCGGGGCAUGAAGCUGGUACGGAAGGAGGGCGAACGCAAUCUGGCCGUUACGAUUGCGGUGGAUUUCGAUCGGACGAAACACUUGAGCGAUGCGACGGUGAAGAAGCGCCAAAUUGUGCGCGAUAGACUGAUUGCUGCCGAACGGGAGAAGGAAGAGCUGGAAAAGAAGCGGCUGGCCGAGGAAGAAGCACGCAAAGAGCAAGAAAGGAAACGCCAGGAAGAGUUGCGUCAGGCAGAAAUAGAGAAACAACUACAGCGCGAACAACGGCGAAAGGAAAAACAUCUACAAAAGCUGCGCCAGAAGGAAUCGGAAGAGAUUAACCAGAAGAUUCGUCUGGAGGAAAAGAAACUGCUCGAGGCACAACGGAAGCUGGAAAGCAUCCGACUGCUCGAUGCACUUUUCGAUCGUAUGAAGCUGAAACAAUCGUUAGAAAAAGGAAAACGGAAAAGUCUCGCUUCGAGCGAAGGCGAGGGCAAUGAUGAUAUGAGCACGUCGUCCAUUAAAGAUCGUCAAAUGAAGGCCAACAAGCUGAAAGCGACACAGGAGAAGGAACUGCAAAAGAUGCGCCUGCGACUAAAGCAGGCAAAGGAUGGCAGUGUGCUGAAGAAGGUGUUGAGUACGGGGCUGGGCGUAAAGGUGGAACGAUCCCGUUCACCAAGCAUCAACACGAUCAGCUCGGACGAUGGUAUACUGAGCGAUACUCCACGCACGAAGACAAAGAAGCGACGUAAAUCGAUAACGAAUUCAUCCAAAAAAUCAGGCUCGUCAUCGUCCGGCGAUGGUUCCGACGAAGAGGAACUGCUUUCCGGGGAGGAUAAAGUGAAGCGUGAAGAAGCGCCACCACCAAUGCAACCGGCACCGUAUCCAGCCGGGUCGAUGCCACCGUACGAUCGUUCCGGUAUGGGUUAUCCGAUGGCGACGCAUGGUUACCCUCCGGCCGGAAUGUACACGGGCAUGGAAUGGGCGGCCAGUAUGAGCUAUCCGUACACGUACGAUCCCUUCUAUGCACAACAGUACUACAGCACAAUGGCGUACCGAGGUGCGUACCGUACCGCGACUAGAGGACCUCGCUAUGCUCGUGGUAUUCCGGGUGGGGGAGGCGUGUCCCGUGGGCGUGGAAGCGGCUAUCGCGGUCGAGGAGGAUACGAUUACUAUCGCGGCGGAGGAGGACGUGGCGGUGACGAAUAUGGGGAUGAUGAUCGAUCUUACACGCGGUCGAGAUCUCGCUCACGAUCGCGUUCGCGCCAUCGCCGCCGUAGCCGACGGUCACGAUCAAGAAGUAGUCGAAGUCGUAGCCGUAGCCGUAGCCGUAGUAGACGUAGCCGAAGCCGAAGAUCACGCACGCGCUCCAGCUCCCGUUCGCGGUCUCAUUCGCGGUCAAGGUCACGCUCCAGAUCCGGUACACCGAAGUCCGAGCGGCACAGUCGCAGUCGUUCAAAAUCGCGUUCCCGCUCGCACAGUCAUCGACGCAGCAAGCGUUCACGCUCGCGCACCCGCUCUGAAGAUCGUGCGAAAAAGGUUGCCGUGCAGAUGUCAAAACCGACGUCGAAACAUUUAGUCUCAACCAUUCGUGGCGCAACACCCCCGUCCCGGUCACGGUCGCGUGGCCAUUCAAGAUCGAAAUCCCGAUCGCGGUCACACUCCCGUUCCCGGUCGAACUACAAGCAGCACCGUUCAUCCCGACGUCAUCGUUCAUCUCGCUCACGUCGUGGCGGUUCCGAGCGAGAACGCUCCAAACCGAAAGAACCGGAGCCGCCGGAACCUAUGCCACCAACAUUAAAGGUGGGUCCGAUUGGGCCAAGAUCACCCCCAGAACCGAUGCCCACGAAUGAUGCUCUCGAGCAGAACGGAAUCGGUGGUAGAGGUGGUCUAGAUGAUGACGAGGAACCAUCGAUGGUGUCGGAAUCGUUCAAGAAGCAUCGCAUCAUCGUACGCACCGAUACGCUCGGUACGAAAACUACAAAAGAGAUCGAGGAGGAAGUACGGGAACGAUUAUUACGCCAGCAAAAGGAACGCGAACUAGAGCGGCGUAAAGAGCAGGAACUGCUCGAAAAGCGAAAAGCAGCCGAAGAAGAGGAUGACGAGGAGGAAGAGGAGGAGGAGGAGGACGACGAUGAGGAUGAUGAGGAAAGUGAGAAUGGCGGGAAAGAACAACGGCAUGUUGCUACGAAAACUUCCACCCGAAGAGUUCACAAACAUCACGCGAAACAACCUCCGGAACCACCGGCGGCUUCUCACGGAAAUGGUCAAAAGCGGAAAGAGGAACUGAACCGGAAGCGUGGUGCAAAAACUCCCGAACACCAUAAGGACAAGCGUCACCGUGCGCAUCGCACCGAGGGACGUUCAAACGGUGAGAGCGCACGUCCGCGCGAUUCUUCGUCCUCUUCUGGUUCGGAUGAGGACGACGAAGAGGAGGACACGUCCGGAAGUAGCAGUGCAGAAGAAAUUGAUCAUAGACGUCGCAGAGCACCACCGGAACGCGAGUUGCGAGUGAAGCAAUCACCCGAAAGUCCUCGAGAGCGAAGACGCCGAAGGUUCGAAAAUGAAGCAACUUCCAUCGUUGAGAAAAGACAUGGCAAACAUGACAUGGGCCUCGUAUCGGAAGGCAGGCACGCGGUCAUCGAGGAGAAACGUGGACGUGUUCCGGUACGACCACCGUCCAGAGGUACCACUAGAGGAAGAUCGCGUGAGGAUCGCCCGAUCGAUAAAGAUAGCAGUCGGCAGCGUCGAUCACCUAGCACCGGUGGUGGCAGAGGACGUCAUGUUCAACAAUCACGACAGCGUAGCCGAAGCCGGGAACAUCAUCGCAAAUCGUCGCACGCACGGCCAGAAGCACAGGCAGGAAGCAGUGGCGAUGAGGUUAGCGUUCGACGCAGAGAGGCUGUAUCGGUGGGUGGAAGUAGGCACCAUCGCAGCUACACCGGUAGUCGCCGUUCGUAA